GGGCGCGCGGUGCGCGCCGCCCGAGCCGGCGGCCAUGGAGCCCCGCGCUCCCUACGACGACUUCCCGGUGGUUUUCCUGCCGCCCUACGAGAGCCCGCCCGCCUGGGUCCCGCCGCACGAGCGGGUGUUUCACCCCGACUACAACAACGAGCUCACGCGGUUCCUGCCCCGCACCAUCGCCCUGCAGAAGCCGCCCGGGGCGCAGUUGGGCUUCAACAUCCGGGGAGGAAAAGCCUCCCAGCUGGGGAUCUUCAUCUCCAAGGUGAUCCCCGACUCGGACGCGCACAGGGCGGGGCUGCAGGAGGGGGACCAGGUGCUGUCGGUGAACGACGUGGAUUUCCAGGACAUCGAGCACAGCAAGGCCGUGGAGAUCCUGAAGACGGCCCGGGAGAUCACGAUGCGCGUGCGCUACUUCCCCUACAAUUACCAGCGGCAGAAGGAACGGACUGUUCACUAACGGGGAGCUCUGCUGGGGCUCCUCCUGCACAAACCUCUCCUGCUCUCCCACCUCCUGAGAUGGCCCAGCACGCUCAGCUCCCACUGGAGGCACAGCUGUGCCCUGCCUGGAGAGAUGCCCAGAGUCUUACCCAGCUGGAGGCUGGAGGGGAUUGAGCCUGUGCUCCUGAGUGGGGCUGGAACAGCUGCUGGGAACUGGGGACGAGGGAGCUGCUCCAGCACCAUCCCUGCUCCUCUUUCAGCAGGACUUGAGUGAGUGCUGUGCUGGCUCUGGAUCCCUUGGCCCUGGAAGCUUUGCUGGGA